UUUCUCUCUCUAGUCUUAGAAGUAGCUUUCGGUAGAGAGAGAGAGAGAUGGCGAUGGCGAUGGCGGCCUGGAGGUUCACCAUCACGCUAUCUAUAGUUCUUGCCCUAAUUUUCACCGCUGGAUUUGCAGUGGCGGAUGUAACCGUGAAUGAUGAGCAACCGAUCCAAGUGGAGGAAUUGAGAUCGGAUCCUCAAGAUGCGUCUCUCAGGAUCGAAUUGGAGAAGCUUCACUCUAAGAUUGGCAUACUUGAAUCUCUCGCAGAUGAAAGAACUAGUGAAUUGAGAAGCAAAGACGAAGUGAUAGGGGAGAAGGAGAAGACCAUCCAUGAAAAUUUGGAUAAAAUUGAUCAGUUACAGAGCAAGAUUGCAUCCCUCAAGGAGAAAGGGAAGUUAGAUGCUGAUGCUAAAUUGGGAAAGGCCUAUAACCAUGUUGAUGAACUAGAGAAACAGGUUGAGAGUCUCAAGAAGAAAAUAGAAGCAAAAGACAAGGAAACAGAAGUGUUUAGUUCUCAAAACGAGGAAUAUAAGGCCAACAUUAUUGAAUUAAACUCAAAACUGGAGAGUCUUCAAGAAACUGUUGGAAAACACAAAGUGCAACUUAAGAAAACUGAAAGAGCACUUAAACUUGCUGAGGAAGAAUUGAUGAAAACAAAAUCUGAAGCUACAACAAGGACCAAAGAGCUUAUUGAGGUUCAUGGGGCCUGGCUUCCUCCUUGGCUCGAGGCUCAACUUAUCAGUUAUCAGGCGUUGGUUGAUAAACAUUGGCAACAACAUGGGAAACCAGCACUACAAAAUGUCAUAGAUAAGGCUGCUGAUAAAAAAUCUCAAGCGCACAAAUGGGCCGAACCUCAUUUUGAAGCGAUUAGAACUCAAUGGAUACCAGCUGCAAAGGAACAAUGGAUAGUUAUUGUGAAGACUGUCAAACCACGUGUGCAUUCACUAAAGACCAAAACCUUUGAGAUCUAUGAAACAACCAAGACUACUGUGACUCCUCAUAUUAUCAAGGCACAAGAAAUUGUAGAUCCUUACUAUAAGGAUGUAAAAAAGUUUAGCAAGCCAUACAUUGAUCAAGUAGCCACCGCGACAAAGCCCCAUGUUGAGAAAGUACACGUUUAUUUGAAGCCAUACACAAAGAAAGCAAUUCGAUCUUAUCACAAGUUUCUUAAAGCUGCUUCUGUCUAUCAUCACCAGGUCCAAACCAAGGUUGAAGAAACAUUGCAUAAGCAUGAGCUGACAAAGGCGCUUACUACAAAGGAGUUGGUCUGGUUUGCUGCAUCGGCAUUUUUGGCUUUACCUAUAAUAUUCCUGUGGAGAGUCUUUUCCAGACUUCUUUGCAAAAAGACAAAGAGACCUCCUAGUGGAAAAAGCCAUGCACGUCGGAAAGGAAAGCGUGGUCAUUAAGAUAUGUGAACGGAAGAUGUCAAACAUUUAAGGUUAUUUUUUUACGGGGAUGGGGACAAGACACAAGACUUGUUCCAUUGGGCGCUUGUACCUUAUUGUUGAUAAACUAAGCCAUGUUAUUUUUUAACUGUGGCCUUGUUUAAUUAAUUGAGUUUUCCCGUCAAAAAUUGGUGGUUAUUUUGAAUUUAUAUGGAUCAAAACGUACUUUGGGUAGUCAACGUUUUAAUUUUAUUUUUCUUUUAGCUCGAAGAUGUGAUUUCCAUUUGUAUUAGGGUUUUAGUUUUGAAAAAUUGAAUUAGUUUUAACAUUAUAUUGAUAAUGUUUCUUUACUAAACUAUUAUACAGUUCAAUUUGAAUUA